AGCUGGGACGUGGGCCGCGGCCAGGCGGGCGCAGUGCGAGCCCGCCGCGUCGGCCCGAGCGCCCGAGGUCCGUGCGCGCCGUCGGCCAUGGCCGCGCGCCCCGCGAGCCCCGCGCGCCGCUGCCUGCUGGCGCUCGUGCUGUGCUGCGGCUGGGGGGCGCUGGCCGCGGUCGCCCCGAAGCCGGGCGCCGGGUGUCCGAGCCGCUGCCUGUGCUUCCGCACCACGGUGCGCUGCAUGCAUCUGCUGCUGGAGGCGGUGCCCGCCGUGGCGCCACAGACCUCCAUCCUGGAUCUCCGCUUUAACAGAAUUAGAGAGAUCCAACCUGGAGCUUUCCGGCGGCUGAGAAACUUGAACACACUGCUCCUCAACAACAACCAGAUCCGGAGGAUUCCUGGCGGGGCGUUUGAGGACCUGGAGAAUUUGAAGUAUCUCUAUUUGUACAAGAAUGAGAUCCAGGCAAUUGACAGGCAAGCGUUUCAGGGACUUGGCUCCUUAGAGCAACUAUACCUGCACUUUAAUCAGAUAGAGACCUUGGACCCAGAGUCGUUUCAGCAUUUACCGAAGCUCGAGAGGCUAUUUUUACACAACAACCGGAUCACACAUUUGGUUCCGGGGACCUUCAGUCACUUGGAGUCCAUGAAGAGACUGCGGCUGGACUCGAACGCGCUGCACUGCGACUGCGAGAUCCUGUGGCUGGCGGACUUGCUGAGGGCCUACGCGCAGUCCGGGAACGCCCAGGCGGCCGCCACCUGCGAGUACCCCCGGCGCAUCCAGGGCCGGUCCGUGGCCACCGUCACCCCAGAGGAGCUGGACUGUGAAAGGCCCCGGAUCACGUCCGAGCCCCAGGAUGCUGACGUCACCUCGGGGAACACGGUCUACUUCACCUGCAGGGCCGAAGGCAACCCCAAGCCCGAGAUCAUCUGGCUCCGAAACAACAACGAGCUGAGCAUGACGACAGAUUCCCGCCUGAACCUGCUGGACGACGGGACCCUGAUGAUCCGGAACACGCAGGAGACCGACCAGGGCAUCUACCAGUGCAUGGCGAAGAACGUGGCUGGGGAGGUGAAGACGCAGGAGGUGACCCUCAGGUACUUUGGGUCUCCAGCUCGACCCGCUUUUGUAAUCCAGCCACAGAACACGGAGGUGCUGGUCGGGGAGAGUGUCACCCUGGAGUGCAGCGCCACGGGCCACCCCCCGCCCCACAUCUCCUGGACGCGAGGGGACGGGGGCCCCUUGCCAGUGGACCCGCGCGUGAACAUCACCCCGUCUGGCGGCCUGUACAUACAAAACGUCGUCCAGGGCGACAGCGGGGAGUACGCGUGCUUUGCGUCCAACAGCGUGGAGAGCGUGCAGGCCACCGCCUUCAUCAUCGUCCAGGCUCUUCCUGAGUUCACCGUGAUGCCCCAGGACAGAGUUGUCAUCGAGGGUCAGACAGUCGACUUCCAGUGUGAGGCCAAGGGCAACCCGCAGCCCGUGAUCGCCUGGACCAAGGGAGGGAGCCAACUCUCCGUGGACCGGCGCCACCUGGUCCUGUCCUCGGGGACACUCAGGAUCUCCGGCGUCGCCCUGCACGACCAGGGCCAGUAUGAGUGCCAGGCUGUCAACAUCAUCGGCUCGCAGAAGGUCGUGGCCCACCUGACCGUGCAGCCCAGAGUCACCCCAGUGUUCGCCAGUGUCCCCAGCGACAUCACGGUGGAGGUGGGCACCAACGUGCAGCUGCCCUGCAGCUCCCAGGGCGAGCCCGAGCCGGCCAUCACCUGGAACAAGGACGGGGUUCAGGUGACAGAGAGCGGGAAGUUUCACAUCAGCCCCGAAGGAUUCCUCACCAUCAACGACGUGGGCACCGCGGACGCCGGCCGCUACGAGUGCGUGGCCCGGAACACCAUCGGGUCGGCCUCGGUGAGCGUGGUGCUCGGCGUGAACGUUCCUGACGUCAGUCGAAACGGGGACCCGUUCGUAGCCACGUCCAUCGUGGAAGCGAUCGCCACUGUCGACAGAGCCAUCAACUCCACCCGCACGCACCUGUUUGACAGCCGUCCCCGCACUCCAAACGACCUGCUGGCCUUAUUCCGGUACCCGAGGGACCCGUACACGGUGGAGCAGGCGCGGGCAGGGGAGAUAUUCGAGCGGACGUUGCAGCUUAUUCAGGAGCACGUGCAGCACGGCCUGAUGGUCGACCUCAACGGGACAAGUUACCACUACAACGACCUGGUGUCCCCGCAGUACCUGCACCUCAUCGCCAACCUGUCGGGCUGCACUGCCCACCGGCGCGUGAACAACUGCUCGGACAUGUGCUUCCACCGGAAGUACCGGACGCACGACGGCACGUGCAACAACCUGCAGCACCCCAUGUGGGGCGCCUCGCUCACCGCCUUUGAGCGCCUGCUGAAGGCCGUGUAUGAGAACGGCUUCAACACGCCCCGCGGUGUCAACCCCCACCGGCUGUACCAUGGGCACGCGCUCCCCGCGCCCCGCCUGGUAUCCACCACCCUGAUCGGCACAGAGACCGUCACGCCGGACGAGCAGUUCACGCACAUGCUGAUGCAGUGGGGCCAGUUCCUGGACCACGACCUGGACUCUACCGUGGUGGCCCUGAGCCAGGCGCGCUUCUCCGACGGGCAGCACUGCAGCUCCGCGUGCAGCAGCGACCCCCCCUGCUUCUCCGUCAUGAUCCCCCCCAACGACCCCCGCGCCCGCAGCGGGGCGCGCUGCAUGUUCUUCGUGCGCUCCAGCCCCGUGUGCGGCAGCGGCAUGACCUCGCUGCUCAUGAACUCCGUGUACCCGCGGGAGCAGAUCAACCAGCUCACGUCCUACAUCGACGCGUCCAACGUGUACGGGAGCACGGACCACGAGGCGCGGGGCAUCCGCGACCUGGCCAGCCAGCGCGGGCUGCUGCGGCAGGGCAUCGUGCAGCGGUCGGGGAAGCCGCUGCUCCCCUUCGCGGCGGGGCUGCCCACCGAGUGCAUGCGGGACGAGAGCGAGAGCCCCAUCCCCUGCUUCCUGGCCGGGGACCACCGCGCCAACGAGCAGCUGGGGCUGACCAGCAUGCACACGCUGUGGUUCCGGGAGCACAACCGCAUCGCCGCGGAGCUGCUGGCGCUGAACCCGCACUGGGACGGGGACACCAUCUACCACGAGACGCGCAAGGUCGUGGGCGCGGAGAUCCAGCACAUCACCUACCAGCACUGGCUGCCCACGGUCCUGGGCGAGGUGGGCAUGAAGAUGCUGGGCGAGUACCGCGGCUACGACCCGGGCGUCAACGCCGGCAUCUUCAACGCCUUCGCCACCGCGGCCUUCAGGUUCGGCCACACGCUGGUCAACCCCGUGCUGCACCGGCUGGACGAGCACUUCCGGCCCGUCGCGCAGGGCCCGCUCCCCCUCCACAAAGCCUUCUUCUCCCCCUUCCGCAUCGUGAACGAGGGCGGCAUCGACCCGCUGCUGCGGGGGCUGUUCGGGGUGGCGGGGAAGAUGCGGGUGCCCUCCCAGCUGCUGAACACGGAGCUCACGGAGCGGCUCUUCUCCAUGGCCCAUACGGUGGCGCUGGACCUGGCCGCCAUCAACAUCCAGCGCGGCCGGGACCACGGCAUCCCGCCCUACCACGACUACAGGGUCUACUGCAACCUGUCGGCCGCGCACACCUUCGAGGACCUGAAGAACGAGAUCAAAAACCCUGAGAUCCGGGAGAAGCUGAAAAGGCUGUACGGCUCCACGCUGAACAUCGAUCUGUUCCCGGCCCUCAUGGUGGAAGACCUGGUGCCCGGCAGCCGGCUGGGGCCCACGCUGAUGUGCCUGCUGAGCACGCAGUUCCGGCGCCUCCGGGACGGGGACAGGUUGUGGUACGAGAACCCGGGCGUGUUCUCCCCCGCCCAGCUGACCCAGAUCAAGCAGACGUCCCUGGCCAGGAUCCUGUGUGACAACUCGGAUAACAUCACGCGUGUGCAGCGGGACGUGUUCCGGGUGGCGGAGUUCCCCCACGGCUACGGCGACUGCAGCGAGGUGCCCCGCGUGGACCUCAGGGUGUGGCAGGACUGCUGCGAAGACUGCAGGACCCGGGGACAGUUCAAUGUGUUUUCGUACCAUUUGCGAGGCCGACGGUCUCUUGAAUUCAGCUACCAGGAGGACAAGCCCACCAGGAAGACCCGACCGCGGAAGACACUGAGUGCUGGGAAACACGGCACACGUCUCGGCAACGCCACCUCCGCCUUCAGCGAGCACGCGAAGGGACCGGGGACAAAUGACUUCAGAGAGUUUGUCCUGGAGAUGCAGAAGACCAUCACGGACCUCAGAAGACAGAUAAAGAAACUUGAAUCUCGGCUCAGCGCCACGGAGUGCGUGGACGCCAGCGGGGAGCCUCGCGCCAACCACGCCAAGUGGAAGACGGACCCGUGCACCGUGUGCGAGUGCAGAGACGGGCAGGUCACCUGCUUCGUGGAAGCGUGCCAGCCUGCCGCCUGCCCAGCUCCCGUGAGAGUCGCAGGAGCCUGCUGCCCAGUCUGCUCACAGACAGCCACGGAGGACACGCCGUAGCCCGCCUGCUCCGCGGGGCCUGUCUGCCGAGCCGCGUCGGGGGCCCGUCGGUCGGGGACCGAGACGGCAGCUGCAGACCAAAGAGACACCAGAACCAAACCGUUUUACGACAACGUCCGGCCGGUGCUGUCACGGGUGUGGGGGGGCUGCUGGCCGGGGCACCCCUGGGUAGGGGCAGAGCGCGUGUGUCCUAACGUCACGUUAGGUUUCUCAGGUUUUUAUUUAAUUCUUUUAAGAUGAGAAAUUGGUGCUACUAUUAAAUUGCACAGUUAAAUCGUUUAGGCUCCUAAAUUGAUUUCACCUGACAACACCAUUUCUUUUUUCAAGAAAGCAGGUACUGCUAAAGUUCAGUGCCACCAGCCCUGAUGCCUGCAGGUGUGUCCUCGCGGGUGGGGUGAGCCCAGAGCGGACAGGGCUCCCUCCCUAGGCGGGACGCCCCCCACAGAGCAGUUGCAGACCCUGCGACUUCCACGCAUGACGGUGACAUUGAUAAGCCACAGUUAGAGACAGGUUUGUUUUCACGCAUAGCUGCGUGCGCUGCCCAGCUGUGAACGGAAUGUGGAAAUCCUCCCCUCCCGCUGUCUGACGACACCAGGGGCCCAGCCGCGUGCGCUCACUCGGCCGUGGCUCUGGCUUUGUCCCCGUUCCGGAGGCUCCGGUCCUGGCCAGGGCUCCGGGAACAGCUGAUUGAUUCUCCCCGGGGGCGGGAGGAAUUCCAGUGUCGGGAAUUUUCUAACUUCAGGUGUGUGAGUGUGUUAAAAAAAAAAAUAAUCCCUGUACCUCAUUUGUAUUUUGAAAAUGCACGACGUUUCAUGAAAAUUCACACAUUUUUAAGGUAUUAGAUGGGACAGGAAACCAUCUCCACUGUGCGAAAGCUCUUCCAGAAGUCAGUGACUGGCAACUGCUGUACCUCAUGGACUCCCUCUUUUUAACCAAUUGACCAAAACCUUCCACUUUAUCCUAAAUACGGAGUGAUCUGUGUUGGGGGGACUGUCUCCCUGAACAGGGAGGCUCAGUCCAACACACCCUGACCUGGGUGCCCACCAGGUGCCAGGCACUGAGCUGGGGACACAGGGCGGCCCGGCCUCCUAGGGCCCCCGGUCCAGGUGGCGGAGGGGGAAGACUUGAGGUCACGGGAGGCUUCAGUACCAGGUGGCAGGUGUCCAGAGUUGGUGGCUUGAUGUUGAGGCCAACUGGAGACAAGGUUCCGUGCGGUUCCUGCCACGGGGUGGGCACGGGCACGGGUCUGGUGUGAUUCGCACACGACCCAUUGUCACGAGCGUCCUUCCCACCGGCAGAGACCCCCGGCCCCUUCCUGCUGGAGACCCGUGUCUGCAGGGGUGUGGGCCGCCGUCCAGCCUGAAAAUCUUCCCAGGGCUUCGUGGGUCUGAUGCGUAAGAGUGGGCGUCUUGCCUGUGUGUCUUCAUGUUACUAACUGACAGAUUAACACGGCUGGUGCUCUGGCGUACAGGCAUCUUUCGAAACGUCAAGUGUAGUGGUCAAAUCUGGGGAGCGAUUUCUGUAAAAUAGCAAACGUACAUGUUUGUGUGAAAGCUGGUGGUCACCUGAGUCACUCGGGUGUGCAGGCGGCAGCGGGUUCUCUGGGAGUGUUUUCUGUCCUGUAAGUGCCUUGGAGACGCAGGGUCACCUCACUGCCGAGGAGCACACGUUGCCACACGUGGCCGGGGCGGGUGUCCAGGGACGUGUCCCCGAGCUGAAGGGCGGGAGGCGGCUGUGACUUAGAAAGAAAUCCUGUAACUCAAACUGAACCGUCUGCAGUCACCGGGUUGAUGUCCGCGUCACCCAGCACAGUGGCCGCGCCGGCGUGAAGGCUCCUCGGCAGCCGCGGUCGGGGGUGGGGGGGCUGCUGUCACACGAAGCCAAAUGCACAUGUUUAUUCACCUUUCUAACUGCUGCCGACAGCCAGAUGCCUUUUCUACGAUCAUUAUAUUCAUACUUUACCAAAGAAAUGUUUGCACUGUGUAACGAUGAUGCCUGUCAUUCAAAUAAAUGGGCCACAUUUUCAAAAG